UACAGAAGAAAAACUCACAUGUAUAACUUGAACGAACCGCUUAUCCAAGAAGUAGAAGAGCAACAACAACAACCUUGUAAUUCUCAAACACAUUCUUUCCCAUCGACUCUCAUCAGAUAUCUAUAUGUUGCUCACUUCUUGGCCAGAUGGGGUGCCAGGAUGUGGGAAUUCUCAGUUGGGUUGUACAUGAUAAGCCUUUGGCCAGACUCUUUGUUAUUUGCUGCUAUUUAUGGUGUGGUGGAAUCUGCCUCUACUGCACUAUUUGGACCCAUUCUUGGACAAUUGGUGGAUAGAUUGACAUAUAAAAAGGUUCUCCAACUUUGGUUGGUAACACAAAAUCUCUCUUUCAUAGUUGCUGGAGGCGCUGUGGUGGCAUUAAUUGUUUACUCAACGUUGAAGUUGGAGAACUUCAGUGGAUUCGUUUUUCUUGUGAUAUUAACAAACAUCUCUGGAGCAAUUGGAGUGCUUUCCACUCUUGCCGGCACCAUCCUAAUCGAAAGAGAGUGGAUUGUGGUGAUAUCAGAAGGGCAUUCGCCCGACCAUCUAACGAAGAUGAACUCGGUCAUCAGACGCAUUGAUCUCACUUGCAAGCUAUGUGCUCCUGUGGUUACUGGCUUCAUUAUCAGUUUUGUGUCACUAAAAGCUUCCGCUCUGACCUUGGUUCUAUGGAAUACUAUAUCAGUUUGGAUGGAAUAUUGGCUUUUCAUCUCCGUGUAUAACGGGAUUCCAGCUUUAGAACAAAGUAGCCAGAGGAGGGCCUCGAGAAUAUCUUCACAAAGUGAUAGUGAAGAUAGAAAAUCCGUUUCUCAUCGGCAGAGAAAAAGUUUUCUUUCUCAUGACCAGGACAGUGCAGAAGUGAUGGAGGAAAGUUUCAUAACAAAAGUUACUAAAUUGGUUUCAAAUGUUCCAUAUCUUAAUGCAUGGAGAGUAUAUUUGCAGGAAGAUGUUGUAUUUCCUGGAAUAGCUCUGGCUUUGUUAUAUUUCACUGUUCUCAGUUUUGGAACAUUAAUGACAGCUACCCUAGAAUGGGAAGGGAUACCAGCGUUUGUCAUCGGAAUAGCGCGCGGUAUUAGCGCCGUGAUCGGCAUUGCUGCAACACUCGUGUACCCAAUUUUGCAGUCUCGUAUUUUAACACUUAGAACAGGACUCUGGUCUAUUUGGUCUCAGUGGAUCUGCCUCCUGGUUUGUGUGGCUUCAAUAUGGGCUCAAAAUAGCAUCAUAUCUGCGAAUAUGCUGAUGGCAGGAGUGGCAUUAUCUCGGCUUGGGUUGUGGUCUUUUGACUUAUCUGUAAUUCAACAAAUGCAAGAUUAUGUUCCGGAGUCGGAUCGUUGUGUGGUAGGAGGUGUUCAGAACUCUCUUCAAUCGAGCAUGGAUUUGAUGGGUUAUGUCAUGGGAAUACUCAUCUCGAAUCCACAGGAUUUCUGGAUAUUGAUAUUGAUAUCCUUCGGUGUGGUAACAUUGGCUGCAUUGCUCUACACUUGUCAUGUUUACACAAUAAGGAAGCACCUCUUUCACUUUGAGAAGCUAAUUUUGUGGGUCCAAUGCUUGCUUCACUAGGCCACGUGGAAAUGCACUACUUAGUUGAUAUAAGUGAAUAUGUUAUGAUUAAUUUAUGUAUCCUAUGAUUGUCAC